AUGGCUGUGGUGGAGCUGCAGUCCGAAGACCACCGUAACCUUCUUGACAUUAUCGAUAAAUUUCGGUUGGCUGGCAUUACCCGCUUCAUUGACCUCCCGCAAAUUGUUGUUUGUGGUGACCAGUCAGCUGGAAAGAGCUCCGUGCUCGAGGCCAUCUCGGGCAUUCGUUUCCCAACCAAAGAUAAUCUCUGCACCCGCUUUGCCACCGAGCUUGUACUCCGUCGAGAUGUUAAAGACAAUAUCAAAGUUUCCAUCAUCCCUGGACCAGAUCGAGACGAGGAGGAGUGUGAGCGUCUGUCGAUGUUCCGUUACGAGCUUGCUUCCGAAGAUCCAGACCUUUCCCAUAUAAUCGAACAGGCUAAGCAGACGAUGGGUAUUUCAAAUGCGAAGGUCUUUAGCAGUGAUUUACUCCGGGUGGAACUCCAAGGUCCAGCUCAACCUCAUCUAACUCUUGUUGACCUUCCAGGGCUGUUCCGUGCAGGAAACAGCGAACAAUCUGUCGAAGGAGCUCCUAUGGUUCGUGGAAUGGUUCGAGAAUAUAUGGCAAAGCCACGGUGCAUCAUUUUAGCCGUAGUAUCGGCAAAAAGCGAUUUUGCGCUUCAGGAAGUCACCAGCUACUCUCUCGAGCUGGACCCUGGGGGUGUACGCACGUUGGGUCUCAUUACGAAGCCUGAUACUUUGUCGAAGGGCUCCGAAAGCGAAGUCGCUUACAUUGCCAUGGCUCAGAACCAGGACGUUGUUUUUCGACUUGGCUGGCAUGUUUUGAAGAACCGCAGUUUUGAGACCCGGGACGUACCUUCAAGUGUCCGUGAUCGUCAAGAGGCUCAAUUCUUUGAAAAUGGGGCAUGGGCAUCAUUGGAUCCCAGUACUGUCGGCAUCAAGUCUUUGAGACCUCGCUUAAGCAACAUACUGCGAGACCAAAUUCUCCAGAAUCUUCCCGGCCUGCACGCGGAUGUUUCUGCUGGCAUCACUGAUUGCGAGGUACGACUGUCGUACCUUGGUGAAACACGAACAACUGUACGAGAUCGACGUCAGUACCUGCACCGUGUCAGCUGGAAGUUCUCGACAUUAUUGAAAGCUUCUGUUGAUGGAGCGUAUAGUGACCAAUUCUUUGGGCGUGCGCAUACGAGACAUGGCCAGCAAAAACGCCUACGAGCGGUGGUUCAGAACUGCUUAGACGAUUUUGCGGAAAGCAUGAGGACGAAAGGCCAUGCUCAGUUGAUUGUCGAGGGUGAUCAAGCAGACGUGGUCAAUGAUGGAGAAGUGAUAUCACGGACAGACUAUAUCAGCUAUGUCUCAAAGUUGAUGCGCCAUAGCAGAGGAACGGAAUUACCUGGAACAUUCAAUCCAGGAAUUAUUGGCGAGCUUUUCAGAGACCAAUGUCGGCCUUGGCGAAACCUGGUCGUGCAAACGUGCCAUACUAUAGUACAGCGUGUUCGCUUCGCGAUGCGGGCGAUACUCGAAGAUGUUGCUCUAAGCGACAAUGUUGAUGCCAUAUCUUCAUUCGUCAACCGGGCGAUCGAUGGCCUCGAGCGGGACGUGGAAACCAAGGCAGACGAAUUACUGAGGCCCUAUCUUUCUGGACACCCAAUAACCUACAACCAUUACCUCGUCAGCAAUGUGCAAAGACUUCAAGCCGACCGCCGUCGACGUGUACUCCAAGAAACCGUACGGAGCAAAUUCGAUCCACACUAUGGUAGCCUGUCGAUUGACGAGCAAGAUAUCAGCGGGCUUAUUGGCGCAAUUCAGGAACGGGAGGAAGUCGACAUGGGCCGAUAUGCGAGUCAGCUUGCGAUCGACUACAUGCAAGCAUACUACAAAGUUGCCAUGAAGAAUUGUAUUGACGACAUCGCAAUACACGUCAUCGAAGCUCACCUUAUCCGGAAACUUUCGCUUGUGUUCGAUCACAAAGUCGUCGAGGAACUUGACGACUUCGACCUCUCCCGCCUGGCAUCGGAGAAAGAAACGGCUGCUAGUGAUCGCGCUCACAAUCUAGAAAAGCUCGAGAACUUCAGAAAAGCGCUGCGAGAGCUGGAAGGCCUUGACAAGCAUUAUUCUCUAUCAAAUGAUAUCCGCGCCCAGGGUUAUCGAUCAAAUAAGGGGUCGAAUGAGAAUAGCUACGUUGACGGAUUGAGUUCACACAUUGGAUCAAGGUGA